CAGUAUUUUGUUGUUGUUGGUGGGUUUUUACUUUGUUUGUAUUUCUGCAAUACAACAAAUUAAUCCGAGGCAACAUUUUAGAUUUGCAUUGUUUUCUUUCUUUGAGGAUUUACAGACUGAAAAUAGAGAAAGACCUCAGUGUUUUUUCACUGAUAAUCUCAACUCUGUGCUUCUGCUUUAUUUUUUAUUUUUAAUGUACUAAAAUAAAGAAUAUAAGCGUCAAUAGAACACGGAUUUGCCUUAAUAAUUUGCAAACAAUAGCGGCAGAAACCAGUGCACUUUAUGGACGUCCUCACUGCGUUCCAGUAUCAGCUUUCUCAAGAAACUGUGUGGUAAGAUGUGUGAAGAUAAACUUCCCCAUUCAGACCAAUCACACAUCUCAUAUACGUAUAAGAAGAGGCGAAAAAGAACGGUUUCAUUCCUCUCCUUUCUUCUCGACAUCAGCUUUCCGUCCACAGUUGAACCCACUUGCAUCAGUCAACGCUACCGGGAUGCAACCGCUGUUGAUCAUAGAAUUACUGCAGAAAACUAAAGUACAGGAGAUUCCAGUUUGCAUUCCUAAACCAGGCCCCGUCGGCAUCCUCCUGAUGCAAUUACAGAUGUGGACAGCUGGAGUCGGAGGAUGCGUGACUACGGUUCAGACUAUGAGGACUCAAAGCUCUAAACAACAGACCUGUGAUCAUCAAUCAGAGCUGUCGGCCCACGGGACGCCUACACGUGUGAUCCACGGGCGCUGCUGUCAAGACGAUGAACGUCUGGUUUAUCGGUCGGCUCUAUUACAGAAACAAUGUCGUCACCAGGGUCGACCGAUGGCGACCUGCGACCCGUCCCAACGUCAGACCCAUGUGUUGAGGAAGUCCGUGAGCUCCCGACGGCGGAUGGAGAAGUUCAAGAGUUCACCGGCUCGGAUCGACCAGAGAAGAUCAGCGCGGUCCCGAUCCACCGGCGCCCGGACCUGCUGGCUCCCUGCGCCGACCUGGUGAACUGCGAGUGGCCGAGGAGCCGGGCCGCCCGGGUCCACUCCCUCCAGAAGUCCUGUCCGGAAUACCCCGUCUGCCUGGUUCUCCUGCGGGGCCACGGAGAGACCGAGCGGCUGCUCGGCCACGCCCGGCUGUCCCGGGUCGUGGGUCGCGGCGGCAGCCUGUUUGUCGAGUCGGUGGUGGUGUCCCACGCGGAGCGAGGGAAAGGCUACGGCCGGACCCUGAUGGAGGAGGCCGAGCGCUACGCCAGGAGCGGAGGGUUCACGCGCCUGUGCCUGACGACCCACGAUAAGCAGCACUUCUACUCCCACCUCGGCUACGUGCUGUCGGUGCCGGUGCAGAACGCGGGCGCCAUGGCGGUGUUCGUUCCCAUGGAGAUGCUUUUGAGGUUCUCCCAAAUACGGAGUGAAGAAGAAGAAGAGGCGAACACACGGACCAGGAUUAAUGCUCAGGUACUACAAGGGGGUGCUUGUGUUGUGGGGUUACCUCCACCUUCUGGUUUACAUCCUCCUCCACCACCUCCUCCAUCCAUCCAUCCUCUACCUCCUUCCAUCCCACUUCCUCCUCCUCCCUCCAUCCCUCCUGCUCCACCGCCCCCUCCUCAGUCUGCAGGGCAGCUUGUAGUUCAGACUCUGACCGAAACUCCCUACAGAGACGCCAGAGGAGUCCCCAUCUAUUGGAUGCACAAAGACAUUUGACGAAGACAUGGCCGGAUCCACUUGGAAACUCCUCCCCGUGUGUGUGUGUGUGUGUGUGUGUGUGCGCGCGCCAUCAACGGUCUCUCAGGCACAGAAAACGAGCACAAAACAGAAAUGUUUUAUUAAACCAAAGAAAUGCAAAAAAACAACAACCUUCACCUUGGUUGCAGUUUUGGAUCCACUCAACACUUGUUUCCCCUUUUUAAAUAACUAGUUUACAUUAAAUAUAUAUUAAUGAUUGUGCUUGCUGGGGAGCACCUGUGUCCGUCCUAAGAGUCAAAUAGAAAUGUUGGCCAGCACUGAGAAAGUGAGAUGAGACGUGUAAACCUAAAGCCUCCAGGUCAUAUGCACUGAGAAGGGACUGUUUUGGUGAGGAAGGAAGCAGUUUUGAAAUGAACAAUAUUUACAUAUUGGUAGAUACUGUGAGGGGAGGAGUUUUGUCUGUAGGGAAUGAAAAGAGCUGUGAUUGGGACACGGAUUACGUGUGUGUGGAUGUACAGGUUAAAGGUGAAAGCUCAGUAAAGGUCAUUUGAAAAAGAAAAAACUAUUUUUGGCUCAUCUGAACAACCCAACCAAACAUUACUUUUGCCCUUUGAGCAGCUCUGCCCAAAUCCGGUCUAUAUCUGCUGCUAAUAAAUGAUGACAAAACGUA